GUGCGUUGCACAGCCAGAUAAGCUUGGUAAAUACUUAAUCAGUUUUCCGGAGCUGUGAGAACAGAAGGAAGCGAAGAUGUCGGAACGGAAAGUUUUAAAUAAAUACUACCCGCCAGACUUCGACCCCUCGAAGAUCCCCAAGCUUAAGCUCCCGAAGGACCGGCAGUACGUGGUGCGGCUGAUGGCCCCCUUCAACAUGAGGUGUAAGACCUGUGGAGAGUACAUCUACAAGGGGAAGAAAUUCAAUGCCCGAAAGGAGACGGUGCAGAAUGAGGUGUACCUGGGCCUGCCCAUCUUCCGCUUCUACAUCAAGUGCACGCGCUGCCUGGCAGAGAUCACAUUCAAGACAGACCCCGAGAACACGGACUACACCAUGGAACAUGGCGCCACGCGGAACUUCCAGGCUGAGAAGCUGCUGGAGGAGGAGGAGAAGCGGGUGCAGAAGGAGCGGGAGGAUGAGGAGCUGAACAACCCCAUGAAGGUGCUGGAGAACCGCACAAAGGACUCAAAGCUGGAGAUGGAGGUGCUGGAGAACCUGCAGGAGCUCAAGGACCUGAACCAGCGGCAGGCACACGUGGACUUCGAGGCCAUGCUGCGGCAGCACCGGCUGUCAGAGGAGGAGCUGCAGCGGCAGCGGCAGGAGGAGGAUGAGCGUGAGGCCGCGGCGCUCUUGGAGGAGGCUCAGAAGCGAAGGCUCCUGGAGGAUUCGGACUCAGAGGAUGAGGCUGCCCCUGCCCCACGAGCCCUGCGACCCCAGCCUACUGCCAUCCUGCAUGAGGCCCUACAGUCCAAAAGGAAGGGUGUGGGCAGCAGGGCGCAGCUGUCCAGCCUGGUGGUGGUGAAGAAGACGAAGAUAGAAGCAGAGAGCGCUGGUGCCCGGCGGCAGGGUCAGGCUCCUCCAGCCACAGGAGCUGGAGAGAAGAGAGGGGCUACUCACCCCUCGCCACAGCCAUCUGGCGCUUCUUCCCUGAGCCAGCUGGGAGCCUAUGGGGACAGCGAGGAUAGUGACAACAGCGCCUGACCCUGCCACCCCACCCCAUCCACAGGGAUUGCAGAGCUGCAAGCAGGCGGUCAGGAGGCCUGACACUUCCCAGAACUAUGGUGCACUCAGUGUUGCUCCUGUUCUUGGUUCCUCCUGCCCUGUCAUGGGCUGUGCCUCCGGCCUUUCCACCAGAGCUGCAGGAACCAAUAAAAAGCACUAUCUGC